CUAUUUCUGUUUUCAUACAAAUGAUUUCUGCUUUUAAUGUCACGAAAACAUUUCAGGUUUUUAUCUAGGUUUAAAGCUAAGUAUUUUUAACACAAUCAAUAUGUUGCCAACGUAUGCGGUUGCCAUUUUGUCGUGUUUUGCACUGGUGAGGGGCGUCCAGGGGCAGAGUGGGGACGGAACUGACAAUUCGGUGCCGAAUCUACCCGCUGGGUUGGACCUCAGGUCAACAUACAGCGAUUGUUACUUUGAUAUUAAAGCUAAGUGCGAAUACAAUGGAGAGAAGUUCGACUUUCUAGAAAUGUGGAUGACGAAGGACUGCCACAUGUGUACGUGCUAUGAUGACGCGGGGGUGCUCUGCUGUGACGUAAUCAAACGACCCAUUGAUUGGCCUCCGCUUUGUACGCCACGAAUCGACAAGAAAACAUGUAAAGUUGAACUAGUAGUGAUCGGUCAGCCACAAAACAAAUGUCCUAAUUACUGGCAAAAGAAGAAGAAGUUAAUUAAGCCUGGACUGCGACGAGCGACGGUUUACGUUCCGCAGACGAGACUAAACAUUUAAUAAGACCAAGGUCGCCUCAAUGUACAGUUUCUUUACUCGUCAACUACACUAUUUUAUGCGGUCACAGCCCACAGUCGUGGCAUUUUUGCAAGCGGAGUUGUUGUAUAUAUUGUAAUUCAAAAUAUAUUCUCGGUGUAUAUACCGUAGAUUUAUCAAUAAUUGGUUUUUACUUUUGUACUACGUUACCGUUACCAGUUUAUUUUUUCACAAAAAAAAAACGUUGAAAAGAACAAACCACAAAUAUUUCAAAAUUUCUUCCAUGUGUGCCGAACUUGUUUUAAUACUUAUUUGCGUUCCAAGUUUAAAAUAAAAGUUUUUCAUUAAAA